UAUGACCGCUACGUUGCCAUCUGCAAGCCCCUGCACUACGGGAGCCUCCUGGGCAGCAGAGCUUGUGCCCAGAUGGCAGCAGCUGCCUGGGGCAGUGAGGUUCUCAAUGCUCUGCUACACACUGCCAGUACAUUUUCACUAACCCUCUGCAGAGGAAAUACUCUGGACCAGUUCUUCUGUGAAAUCCCCCAGAUCCUCAAGCUCUGUUGCUCAGACUCCUACCUAAGGGAAAUUGGGCUUCUCACAUUUAGUGUUUUUGUGUUUUGGGGGUGUUUUGUAUUCAUCGUACUGUCCUAUGUGCAGAUCUUCAGGGCUGUGCUGAGGAUGCGCUCUAAGCAGGGGCAGCACAAAGCCUUUUCCACGUGCCUCCCUCACCUGUCUGUGGUCUCCCUCUUUCUCAGCACUGCCUUUUUUGCCUACCUGAAGCCCCCCUCGCUCUCCUCUCCAUCCCUGGAUCUGGUGGUGGCAGUUCUGUACUCGGUGGUUCCUCCAGCAGUGAACCCCCUUAUCUACAGCAUGAGAAACCAGGAGCUCAAGGAUGCACUGCGCAAAGUCAUGAGUGGGUGUACAUCAGAAGUAAUGCACUGCCUGUCUUCUGCAAAGCACUCAUAAUAUAACUCAUGAUAUGCCAAGCUUGUCGUUUGUUCUUUGGUGGGUUUUGUUUGUUAUUAAUGAGGGCAACAAUGUUUUCCAUAUAAAUUGUCAUUAUU